AUGAAGACCAAUCCUGUGGGCUCCUCACUAGAAGCCUGUCGAUCUGCAGGCCAGGGCGAAAUGGGCUGCCCUGUCUGCCAGGCCUGUGGAGGGGCCUCAGGCCUGGGGUCUGCUUCAGGGUUGGGCUCAGGCCUCAGGCUAGGACCUGGAGUGGUUUUGAGCUCUGGGCUGGGGCCUGGAGCUAUUCCAGGACCUGGGGCUGGGCCUGGUCCUAGUGCUGUUCCAGGGUCUGGGCUAGGACCUAGUGCCGUUUCUGUGACUGGUCUGGGACCUGGUACUACUUCAGGGCCUACUACUGCUCCGGGACCUGCACGAGGAGCAGGAUCCUUACCUGGACCAGGAGCUAGGUCUGGACCCAGGCCAGGAUCUGAGUCAGUACCUGGGCCAGUAACUAAGCCAGGAAUUGGGCCAGUACCUCAGCCAGGUCCUGGGCCAGUACCUAAGCCAGGAAUUGGGCCAGUACCUCAGCCAGGUAUUGGGCCAAUACCUAAGCCAGUAAGUGAGUCAGAAUCUGGGCCAGGACUAGGGUCUGGGACCAGGCGAGGCUCUGGGACUGGCUCUAACCCCAGUGAAUCAGUGAGAACCCCAGUACCAGCGCCACAGCAGAAGACUCCGGCCAAAACCACACAGGCCCCCAAACAGAAGGUCCUGGUGACAGGAGGAGGGGGUUACCUGGGCUUCAGCCUGGGUUCCAGCCUGGCCAAGAGGGGCACUUCUGUCAUCCUGCUUGAUCUCCACAGACCCCAGUGGCCACUGCCUUCAGGAACUGAGUUCAUCCAGGCUGAUGUCCGAGAUGAAGAAGCUCUGUACCAAGCCUUCCAGGGGGUGGACUGUGUCUUCCAUGUGGCCUCCUAUGGCAUGUCUGGGGCUGAGAAGCUACAAAAACAGCAGAUUGAGUCUAUAAAUGUUGGAGGCACCAAACUAGUGAUUAAUGUCUGUGUCCGCCGGCGGGUUCCAAGGCUCGUGUACACCAGCACGGUCAAUGUGACAUUUGGUGGGAAGCCCAUCGAGCAAGGCAAUGAGGACUCCGUCCCCUACUUCCCCCUGGACAAGCAUAUGGACCACUACUCUCGAACCAAAGCCAUUGCUGACCAGUUGACUCUCAUGGCCAAUGGAACACCUCUCCUGGGAGGAGGGACCCUACGUACCUGUGUACUCCGCCCCCCAGGGAUCUAUGGUCCUGAAGAACAGAGACACCUGCCCCGGGUGGUGAGCCACAUCAAGAAGAGACUGUUCAUGUUCCGGUUUGGGGACCGCAGGACCCGCAUGAACUGGGUCCAUGUGCAGAAUCUGGUGCAGGCGCACAUGCUGGCGGCUGAGGCCCUCACCAUGGCUAAGGGCUACAUGGCUAGCGGGCAGGCAUACUACAUCAAUGACGGGGAGAGCGUCAACCUCUUUGAGUGGAUGGCCCCACUGUUUGAGAAGCUGGGGUACAGUCAGCCCUGGGUCCAGGUACCGACUUCCUGUGUUUAUCUGACAGCGGCAAUUAUGGAGUACAUACACCUGGCCCUGAAGCCCAUCUGCACCAUCCCCCCACUACUCACCCGCAGUGAGGUGCUCAGCGUGGCAGUGACGCACACCUUCCAGAUUGCCAAGGCCCGCGCCCAGCUUGGCUACGCGCCGGACAAGUUCAGCUUCGCCGACGCAGUGGACCGAUACGUGCAGGCCACGACCCCGCAGUCCCGCGGCUUCACCGCGCUGUCGCUCCUGCGGCUGCUGCUCGUGCUACUGCUGCUCGGAAUGCUCGGCCUGGCCCUGCACUUCCUAGGGCUGCAGCCACGGCAACCCGCAGCACAGCGCCUCUGA